AUGUUCAUCGGUGGUCAACAGAUUGUUGGUACUGCUGGUCACAGCGACCACUGCCAGAGGCAUGCCCGUCUCCCAGUGGAUGUAGUGAUGGGAGCCAGUUCAGUCAUCGGAGGAACCACAUCAGGAGGAUGGGUACAGGCUCACCACAAAGCUCUCCUCUGGGCAUAUGAGACUGUUGCAGAACACACACAACAGAGACAGACCCAGGAUCAACAGUGCUACAACCUGAGACAGAGGGCCUUACCACUCCUACCUGGCCCCAGUGGAUACCAGUUCAAGGACCUGCAGAGGGUUAAGUUUACUAUAAAAACCCCAGAGUUUCUACCUGUCUCCUCCCACACGAAGAAAGCGGUUAGAUAUGGAUUGCCCUUUCUUAGAAAUCCGAUCGACAUCGAGGCCGUUUUGAUUAGAAAUGUUUUACGUCGCGAAAGAAUCUUCCGACCCAGGUUAGACGUUUUAUCAUUUCCAGAGGAUUUUCUUUUCGAACGCUACCGCUUUUCAUCAAACAGUAUCAUUUAUCUGAAUAACCUCCUCCGCCCAUAUAUCACCAACCUCACACACCGCGGACGAGCACUCAGAUCGGAACAAACUCUAUGCAUAGCACUACGUUUUUUUGCAAACGGCAGUUUUCUUUACAACAUCGGGGAUGCGGAGCAUUAUGGCAAGGCAACAGUGUGUAGGGCUGUACGAAAGGUAACCCUCGCACUGAAGCGCCUGUUACCGGUGAUGGUGGUGUUCCCAGGACACAAACCUGUUCGCACCAUCAAGGAGGAAUUCCACAGGAUUGCAGGACUUCCAAAUGUGAUAGGGUGCAUAGACGGGACACAAAUCGCUAUUACUGCACCUGCCCAAAAUGAAGGGGACUAUGUCAAUAGAAAAUCCUUUCACAGUAUCAAUGUCCAGAUCAUAUGUGAUGCAGCUUCCAUCAUCACAAAUGUAGAAGCCAAGUGGCCUGGCUCAGUCCACGAUUCCCGGAUCUACCGGGAGUGUAGUCUGAGCAACAGAUUUGCACGUGGAGAGUUUGAUGGCUACCUGCUCGGGGAUCGAGGCUAUCCAUGCCAGCCCUCUCUGUUGACCCCUUACCCUGACCCUGAGCCGGGGCCCCAACAACGUUUUAAUGUGGCCCACUGCAGGACUAGAGCCCGGGUUGAGAUGACCUUAGGCAUACUCAAAUCCCGGUUCCAGUGCCUGCGUAAGCUCAGGGUCACCCCAGAGAGGGCAUGUGACAUCAUUGUGGCAUGUGUUGUUCUCCAUAAUAUUGCAAUUAUUAGAGGAGAGCAACACCCAGCCGUACAAAUCAAUGACGCUGAGGAUGAACAUCACAUCCCUGUGGAUGUUCAGGAUGGAAGGGCAAUAAGAGACCUCAUCGCCCGAAAUCACUUUUGAUUAAAAAUGAAAAUUCACAUGUAAUUUGGUUCUUCUUUAUUCCCUAAA